AUGAGCGGAAGAGAUUUUCAUUUUUAGAGAAGAAGAGAUAAAUAUCCAAGACGAGACUCUUAUAAAGAAUAAAAGUCAAACCCUAAUUUCGUUGAAGAUGGUUCUUUUGUUGGAACUUUAGAAAGAAAAAUUCAACAUUAAAAUUAGACCAUUGAUAAUCUUAUUAAAGCAUUUGAAGAUUCAAGAUUAGAAUAACAAAGAUAAAUCUAAUAUUUAGAAAAAUUGAAACAAGCAGAAGAACAGAAAUAUAGUAUAUAAAUUUUAGAAGAACUUAAGACUCUAAAAUAGAAGAUCAAAAAGAUUGAACAUAGUCCACCUAUUAUAUAAUCUACUUCUUAAAUGUAUUAAUAACCUUUAUUUCCUCCUUUACAUCCUUAAUUUUAAUAAGUUUAUCCCCCUUAAUUUUAUAAUUAUGCUUAAAUUCCAUAUUCAUAGAAUUCAUUUCAUUAAUAAAGCUAACCUAUACAACCUUAAUUUAUAAAUAAUCAAUAAUAAAUUAGGCCUAAAAAACCAAAAGAAAUGGAUACAUUACAUAAAUUUUUAUUGAAAAUGUUACAUGAAAAGGACUAAUAAAAGAAUAAUGACAAGAAACCAAAAGAGAAUUCAGAUGUUCGUUAUGUAACUGAUAUUGAAUCAUCAUAAAAUUACUCUUCCAAAAGAUAGACCCUUUAAACUCCAUUAAUAAAAUCCAGAUCAUAAAGAAGAUCAUAAAAAUAAUAAGAUAGCAUUAGGUCUAAUGUUUCAGACCAUUCUCAAUUAAAUAUUAGAAAAUAAUCUUAAUUAUCUUAAUAAUAGUCAUUAGUAGCAGGAUCAUAGAAAUCUUCAUAAUAAAAGUUUUAAAUAACUUAGCAAAGAUUGAAAUAUUUGAUGAGAAAAUUUAAAGGAAUAGUAAGAUAUUUUUGGAUAGCCUUGACUUAUUUAAAAUAUUGUAAAAAGAUUUGGAAUAUUAAGAUGAUUUCUUUUAAUGAAUAUUCUUAGGAAUAGAUUGGAUAAUAUGAUUCUUAAUUUGUAAAAUAAUAAAUUAAUUAUUUAUAGAACUAUUUGUCUAUCAUAUCAUAAUUCUAUAAGGAAUGUACACUUAAGAAAUAAUUGGAUAAAUCAUGGAUCUUUACUUAAACUUUAGAUAUUCAAGCUAGAUGUCAAACUAUGCUUAGUGUUUUAGAGAUAUUUUUUAGAUAUUUAAUAGUUUAAACUUUAGAUUUUACUAAAGAACAUAUAGAAUUUAUGAAAAGAUUUUCACUUCCCAAAGGAUAUCUAUUAUUAGGACAUAGUAAAUAUGUUACUAGCAGAAUCAAUUUAAGACCAAAUAAUACUUUAAAGUAGGACAAAUUUUAUAUUUAGGAUUGAAACACCUGAACAAUCAAAAAUGUUACUUAUGGAGUAUUCAUUCAUUUAAAUCUUAUUACCAUAAAUAGUUGAAGCUGAUUUCUGGAAAAAGUUAGUAAAUUAUAAAGAAGCCUUAAAAGUUUUUGUUUCAGUUCUUCAUUAUUUAUUUAUAGAUAGAUUUUCUAAUAUUCCUCUUAGUAAAUAAUCAUUACCUUUUAAUGUAAAUUUAUAAAAUAUUAUUUAAGAAAGAAUAUGUUCCUUCAUUUGAUUUUAAUAGAAAUCCUGAAGAAGGAUUUUAUUUGUUAAUUGAUUCAAAUCAUCCAUCAUAUGUUGAAUCUAAGGAAGAAGUGACUUUAGGAUUAUAUACUAAGGCUUAGUUGCAUCCUCUUAUUUUACAUGUUGGAUUUAAGAAAGUCUAAGAAAGCUUUUAGCAGUAUUGUGAUUUAAUUUAUUCUUUCAUUAAAUGA